UCCCCCCCCCCCUCUCUCUCUCUCUCUCUCUCUUCGAUUUUCAGUUCGAACUGAUGAAUUAUCUAAAUCAUUCUCCGAUCGGAUGAUGAUCUUCUGUGCUUAAUCCUGCUUCAGGUAGAGUGCUUAGACAGACUAUUCCACAAAGGAGUUCAGUGAUGAUGAUGUUUGAUAGUGCCUUCCAUGAUACCAAGUGAUUACUACCGAGGUCAUUCCUCUAUGGGUGGAAUCUGCUCAAGGAGAAGAGGCCGACAGGAUACUGAGGAUGGUGUCUGCAGGACAGUCUCUCGGAGGUACUGUAAAAUUGGGAGUUCAAAAUGGCUUGGAACAUCAUUUUCCCGUCCUACAGAAAAUUGUCCUGGAGAAGCCAGCUACUCAUCUCUUAUGGAACUAUGCAUUAAUAAAAUACGGCAGGAGAUUGACAAAUAUAGUUCAUUUAGUAUGCUUCCAAGGGACAUAAGUCAACAGAUAUUUAAUGAACUGGUUUUCUCCCAGUGUCUAAAUGAUGUUUCUCUUAAUGCUUUUCGAGAUUGUGCUCUUCAGGAUAUCCAUUUAGGAGAAUAUCAUGGAGUAACAGAUGAUUGGAUGGAUGCCAUCUCCUCUCAGGGGUCAUCUCUACUUUCAGUUGACCUUUCUAGUUCUGAUGUCACUGAUUCUGGAUUAAGUCUCUUGAAAGAUUGCUUAAGCCUCCAAGCCUUAUCAUUAAAUUAUUGCUCCCAAAUUUCAGAUCUUGGGUUAAAACGCAUUAGUGGACUUUUGAAUUUGACAUCUUUGAGCUUAAAAAGGAGUGAUACUGUGACUCCUGAAGGAAUUCGUGCCAUUUCUAGCUUAGUUAACUUGGUAAACUUGGAUCUGGAAAGGUGUUCAGGAAUUCAUGGGGGCCUUGUUCAUCUGAAAGGUUUGAUAAAACUCGAGUCUCUUAAUAUCAGAUGUUGUAAAUGCGUCACAGAUUCAGACUUAAAGUCUCUUGAAGGGCUUACUAACUUGAAGGAAUUACAAAUUUCCUGCUGUAACAUCACAGAUAUUGGAAUCUCAUACUUGAAAGGUUUGCACAAGCUUAUUUUGUUGAACAUGGAGGGUUGCCUUGUUACUGCUGCAUGUCUUGAUUCUAUUUCAGCUCUUGUUGCAUUGUCAUAUUUAAAUCUUAACAGAUGCAGUCUAUCUGAUGAUGGAUGGGAUAAGUUUUCUGGGCUAAAAAAUUUAAAGGUCUUGAACUUGGGGUUCAAUUAUAUUACAGAUGCAUGCUUAUUGCAUUUAAAAGGUUUAACAACUUUGGAGAGCUUGAACUUGGACUCCUGUAAGAUUGGUGAUGAAGGGCUAGCUAACUUGACAGGCCUUCCUCACUUGAAAACUUUGGAGUUAUCUGACACUGAAGUUGGGAGCAAUGGGCUUCGUCAUCUCUCUGGUUUGACCAGUCUGGAGGACAUAAAUCUGUCAUUCACCUUAGUAACUGACCAUGGUUUAAGAAAAUUAUCUGGAUUGACGUCUCUGAAGUCUCUUAAUCUGGAUGCUCGCCAAAUUACUGAUACUGGACUUUCACUUCUUACAAAUUUGUCUGGAUUGACUCAUUUGGAUCUUUUUGGAGCUCGUAUUACAGACUCUGGGAUGAACUGUAUGCAAUACUUCAAAAAACUCCGAUCCCUUGAAAUAUGUGGUGGAGGAUUGACAGAUGCCGGUGUGAAGCAUAUCAAAGAUCUUGCUUCUCUGACAUUGCUGAACUUGUCACAAAACCUGAGUCUCACAGAUAGAACUUUGGAAUUGAUUUCUGGGUUGACACUGCUGGUGUCUCUGAAUGUUUCCAACUCCCGCAUUACAAAUGAUGGUUUGCAAUAUCUGAAGCCUCUAAAGAAUCUAUGCUCGCUAUCACUAGAGUCUUGCAAGGUGACCCCAUCUGAGAUCAGGAAGCUCCAGUCAACUGCUCUUCCAAAUCUUGUGACCUUUCGGCCUGAAUAGUCUCGAAGGAUCUUCUGGAUAUUCUGUAAAUAGCCUGCUUCAUUAUGCUACGUCUUGGUGUACAGUUUCAACUUUCAAUGUGUAUCGAACUUAGAAGUUUCUACCUCGUUCCUCCCAGUAUGAAAGAGGACGAAAAAAUGGGAAACCACAAAACUGGUACAUAUCAUACAUGUGAAUCUGCAUGGCCCAAGUAUGGCUUCAUGUAAAUACUGUCCGCAGCCGGUUGCUACCACUUUGGAACGACGGGUGGAAGCGCUAACAUUUACGUAAAAUAAAUAAAUUUGUCUAGCAGCAUUUUGAUUACAAAGUGUCACAAAACAGAAAGAAAUUAUACUGUUGGAUUUGAUUGCAUAAAGUGAAUUCGCAUUUCUCUAGUCUGGAACAAUGAGCGAGUCUCUGUAUUGGUGUUCUAUUUUGUCGUUUCAUGUGUUCUAGAGCAACAGGAAUUUCUGUGAGUAUAAUCUUUCAGGUGUGGUUUCUGUAUGUUAAUGCAGCCUUCUUCAUGCAUGAACUAUAGUAAUGGAUUAGAAUAUCUCGAAAACAUGUUUCACUGCUUCCUCGAGAAUUUAUUAAGUUUGUGGAAAAGCUGGAAUUUGUGAA